UCGGCGAUCGUCGCGCGCGCGAGCCGACGCGCGGCGCGCGCGCUCGAGUCGCGCGCGCGUCCGUCGCGCGCGCUCGACGGAUGGGCGCGCGACGGAUGGGCGCGCGCGGCGACGGCGACGGCGACGGCGACGGCGACGGCGACCGGUCCGACGACGCGCGUCGAGCGCGGACGCGCGAGCGCGACGUCGGCGAGCGACGACGCGGCGGUCGGGCUCAAGGCGCGCGUCGCGGCGGCGCUGGAGCGCGCGAACGCGCGACUGCGGGCGAUCAAGCGGGCGCACGGGGACCGCGUCGUGGGCGAGGUGACGGUGAACAUGGUCGCGGGAGGGAUGCGAGGGAUCACGGCGAUGCUGUACGAGACGUCGCUGUUGGACGCGGAGGAGGGGAUACGGUUCCGAGGGCGCGCGAUUCCCGAGCUGCGGGAAAAGUUGCCGAAGGCGCGGGGGGGCGAGGAGCCGCUGCCGGAGGGAAUCAUGUGGUUGAUGCUGACGGGGGAGAUUCCGAGCGAGGCGCAGGUGAGGACGCUGAGCGCGGAGCUGGCGGCGCGCGCGGAGGUGCCGAAGGCGGUUUUCGACGCGCUCGACGCGCUGCCGAAAAACGCGCAUCCGAUGACGCAGCUGAGCGUCGCGCUGAUGGCGAUGCAACCGGAGAGUAAGUUUGCCAAGGCGUAUCAAGACGGCGCGCACAAGACGACGUUUUGGGAGCACGCGUUCGAAGACUCGAUGGAUAUCAUCGCUCGUUUACCCGCGGUGUGCGCGGCGAUCUACAGGCGAACGUUCAAGGAUGGGACGCUCGUCGCCGCCGACGCGAGUCUGGACUGGGCGGCGAACUUCGCGCACAUGAUGGGGCACGAUUCCGAGGCCGUGAAGGAGCUCAUGCGGUUGUACAUGACCAUUCACGUCGACCAUGAGGGCGGGAACGUGUCGGCGCACGCCACGCACCUGGUUGGGAGCGCGUUGAGCGAUCCGUACCUCUCGCUCGUCGCCGGCUUGAACGGCCUCGCCGGCCCGUUGCACGGCUUGGCGAACCAAGAGGUGCUGAAAUGGCUCAACGAGACGCGCGAAAAAGUUGGCGACAACGCGACGAAGGAAGAACUCACUGAGUUCGUGUGGGCGACGCUGAAGAGUGGCAGGGUCGUUCCGGGAUACGGCCACGGCGUGUUGCGAAAGACGGAUCCGAGAUACACGUGUCAGCGCGAGUUCGCGCUCAAGCACUUGCCCGACGAUCCGAUGUUCAAGCUCGUGGGUAAGCUCUUUGAAGUCGUCCCGGGCGUGCUCACCGAGACUGGUAAAGUGAAGAACCCGUGGCCCAACGUCGACGCGCACUCGGGCGUGUUGCUUCAAUACUACGGCAUCACCGAAGCAAACUUCUACACCGUCUUAUUCGGUGCCUCGCGCGCUAUCGGCGUCUUGAGCCAACUCACGCUGUCUCGCGGGUCUGGAUACCCCAUCGAACGCCCGAAAUCCGUCACGUCGCAGUGGAUCGAGGAAAAGUUUGGCAAAGUCGAGGCGUAG